AAGCAGUGGCGAGGUCCGAACCAAGGGGCCGGGGGAAAGACCGAGGCGAGGGAAGGUGCCCGGGCCAGGAGGUGAUCGGUGAGGGGCCGGUGGCGGCCAGGGCCGGUGCCGGCGCGGCGGUGACCCGCGGGAAGAGGAAGGCCGCGGGCGCGGCCGCCCUCUCUUUCCGGUUCAGUUUUCACUUUCUGUUUUUUUCCCGGCUGCCGCCGCCCGCCCCCGGCGCGGCCCGGCCUGGCCCUGCCUCCCCGCCCCGCCGUCCCUCCGCGGCGCACUUUCACUUCCUGGGGCCGGCGGAUGGCGGGGGCCCGCGGCGCGCCCGCCUCGUGUGCCGCCCCGCGCCGCCUGAGCCCGCCGGCCCGCCCGGCCCGGUAGCGCCGCGCCCUCCCGGGGCCCCGCCGGGAGCGAAGCCGCGCCGAGGGCCGGGCGGGCCGGCAUGCGGGCGGUGUGAAGGCCGGAGCGGCGGGGAGAGGCGAGGUGCGGUGCGAGUCCUGGGCAUGGGCGAGCGGCGGGAUGAGGAGGCCGGCGAGCCGGGCACGGGUUUCCAUCUGAAGUCGGAAGAGUCAAGUUCCCUUUUGCAGACAGCAGUUUCAGUGCUGCAGAGCUCCUACUUGGACUCUACAUCUCAGGAUGGCUUUCAGUACAGCCAAGCAAUUCUGGUGGAAAAUGAUGUUUUCCGGAGUGAGCUGAAAGCUUUUGCCCAAGCAAAGGAAGCCGCUGGGUACAGCCAGGAGGAGCUGGAGGAGACCUUUGCAUUUCUCCUGUUUGAUAAUGAAGAAGAGGCAAAAGAGGUGUGUCAGACAGGCCUCCGUGUAAACAGCAGUUCUAUUUCCACGCUUGGUGACCCAGCAAAAGGAGUUUAUAUUUCCAAGUAUGCAGACUGUCUUCAUCCCAGACCGUGGUAUCAUGGAAAAUCAGGCUAUAUUGUCAUUUGUAAGCUGAUUAAGGGGAAGGUCAAGGUGAUUUCUGAGAAUUACACAACCAGCUAUACCUGCCCAUCUCCUGGCUAUGACUGCCAUGUCGCCUUGAGCAGAAACAACACACCAUCAAAGACCAGCCACUGCCAAGCCUUUGAGCAGAGCCAGUAUUAUGUGUAUGAAGUGUCCGAUGGCAGCACUGCCGAGCGGCCAAGGCAGAUCUGCCCAUACAUAGUCAUCGCCUGCCGGUACAGGGAGCUGAAGGAAAUGCCUGUCUUAGCUAUAGAGAGCCUACCUGAACUUAAUCACAAAGUGUUGUACUGCCCAUGGAGGGGGGAGCUCUCCAUCCGGGGCCAGCUUUUGUGCAACAUCGCCCUAAGGACCCCAUACAGCUCCACGAUUCCAGCCCAGCUGCCUCCCAACCUGGACAUUACCCAUGUCAUGGGUUUGUCCGACUUGAAGAAAAAGCUACCAGAAGCUGCAUUUGGGAAAAGAAAUUACAUUGAGAAUGAAGUUUGCUUUCAGGGUGUUUACUUCAGUCUGUAUGAAGUAGAAAUAUCGAAUAAGGAUCAAUAUAAAAUGGAUCAGUUGUUAGAAAAUCUAAAAGAAAAGGACUUGGCAAUCAUCAAAUAUUUACAAGAUCAAGGAGUCCUUUUCCUCCUUGCCUCUUCCGCCUUGGCAUCAGAUGAUGAGUUUGACCCCGAGGAACCAGUCAGUCUCCUGGCCCUGUUUCUGUUCACCUCAUCCCGGUCGGUGUGCCUGGGAGUUGAAAAGCACGAUCCGGAAGAUGAAAGGGAAGACAGUGAUGAUAGUGACUUCUCAUUAAAAAUAGCUUCAGUUUUGCCUGGGCUUCGCUAUGCCUUACAGAAAACCACCAUUUCUUCAUGGGGGGACUCAGUCAGUACCAGCAUACGUAUCAAACAGCAUUUACAGGAAUAUGCAAAGCUCGAUCAAAAUACACAGCCCACUGCUGGCCGAAACAGCAAAGUUCCUCUUUCUUCUCUCCUCUCACCAACUGAGGAUGAAUGUACUAAUCCCUUCAAAAAACAUUCAGAGCAGUCCUUCUCCCAGCUGCAGCAUUAUCUCUCUGAUCCCAGCAGCUAUACUCUGGAAAUGUCAGCUGCCUUAGAGUGUUUGACGGGUGCUGUUCAGUCUCUUUGCUCCAAUUCAGAGGCUGAUUGUAAAGUGGACUUCUCUUCAGCUGUGGCACUGGACCCUAUUCCUCCCAACACAGCAGCAGAAAUAAAAAGUGAAAACCCAAAGCCCGCAGUGGGGCUGGACCAGAGUGGUGAAGCGCCCGUAAAAGAUGUCAACUCAGCAAGCAAGCUAUGGGUUCAGCAGAGCAGGAGGAAAUCCAACCGAGCUGUUGUCACCAGCACCAGGAAGAAGUGGUCUCCCCUCAAGAUGCAAAUGCAUCCUAUCGGGGACAGUGGCAGGAACAGGAAGGCAACCAAGAAGAAAAAAAUCAAUAUUGCUUUCUCUUUUCCUAAAAAGCCAGGGUUUGUGGCCAGUUCCAAUGAGCCCAUGCUUAAAUUAGCUAAUUUGCAGUUUCCACACAGAAGGAAAAGAGGUGCAGAGGUCCUGUCUGCAGAAUUUGUGCACAAAACACAGUCUGAACCUGUUCAGAAGGAAACCUCAGUUCCUGACGAUCCUGGCUUGGAAACAAAGAGGCCAAAGACACUGAAGAACCCAGAGAGGAAAAAGGUUCCUAUUGCUGAAACCAUCAUGAAGCCAAUGAAAAGUAAGAUUCUAAAAAGUGUGGCUAACAACCCAUCGAAACCUCAAGCCAAAAAGCAAGCAGAAAGUGAGUUGAAGCAGCCUUUCUCUGUCGUCCCAAGCGCAGUGUCUUCCCAAUGCCACGGACCAGAUAGCCAAAUGAGUGAGACUUGCCCAGGCGGGGUUGAUCUCGUUUUUGAUCUGAAGGGGAAUGACUACGAGUCCCAUGCCUUGAACUUGCUGGCUGAUCUGGCUCUGGGUUCUUGUAUCCCUUCAUUUAUCCCCAGGGACAGUGGGAUGAUUGCUGUGUCCUGCAGCCCCACCAGACAUUCUGCAAAAGAGCAGCAGAGUCAUCGCAAGCACAAAUCCUUGCGUGUUGCUUCCGACCAUGAAUACCACAGGGUAGACAAGCUUGCAAAGGGAGCCACCUCUCCUAGCAAAGCAUCACUGAACCAGAAGCUUCCUCCUGCUGAAAAAGUAGACUUAAAUGAUUUGGCCUCUAUUCCCAGGGAGAAAAGCCCUGGGAUUUUCAGCAAGAACAACAAUACAAGCCCCAGCCCCACAAAACCUGAUGUGUUGCCUCCCAGAGACACUCAAGAAGCUGCUGACGUAAACAAGCACUCCUUCAUCUCUGCUGAGCACUCGUACGCCUCGCAGAUGCCUGAGCAUUCAAAGAAACACAUGUAUCCCAGAGGUGCCCCCUACCCUGGACCAGCACCCUCUAGAAACGGUACCAGGAACACCCGAGCUGGUCCCCUGGUUGGGAAAGUCCUGCCUUUCUGCCACCAGCAGAACAGCAGCCACCCGCAGCGGCCCUUUGAGGCCGUGGCGAUGAGGCGCAGGAGCAGCCUGCUGUCCCCCAGGCUGAAGGAGGACUUCGCUAAGUCCCACACAGUGAACAUCUGUGGUGAGUCUGUGAAGGUGAUGUGCCAUUGGGAGGCAGAGUAUCUCUUCAAUUUGGACAGCAGGUACACCAACGAUGCCCUGGAGAAAACAGUCAUCCGUGCCCUGCAUGGGCCCUGGGACCCUGAUCUGCCCGAUGAUGUGGAAGAGAUGAAGCUGAUACUUCAUAUGUGGGUGGCUCUCUUCUACAGCAAACCCAGCAAAUUCCUGAGCGGCACGAGGAAGGUAGUGGAGCACAGCAACCCUGAGAAGUAUGUCUCAAUAAAUAGCACUGGGGACUUUCUUGAGCUGAGUGAUGAUGGUGAAGACUGUUUUGGGUUGGAGACAUGCCCUGCAGACUCUCGGUCAGACCCUGACCAGACUCCCAGCAGCUCUGUGGAUCGCAGCACACAUUACCAGGGACCGUUCCACCCAGAGGAGAGCCCUGCAGACUCUCAGACUGAUGCUGAUGAGACUCCCGGUGUUGUUGAUAGUACAGUAUCAUCUUCUUCAGGGGAGCUGCCCUGUGGGGAGGAGGAGCCUUCCUCCACAAGCUGUUCUGAGCACCUUUCCCUUGCUGAACAUGCUGAUGAGAGCCUGGCUGUGAACGGCAGGCAGCCAGCGGCUGCUUCCGAAGAGCAUAUGCAUGAUGUCUCCACCAUCGCUGCGGUGGAGCAGCCCAAGGAGGAACUGCCAGAUGUAGUGAUAGCCCCCAGCCCUUCCGAUGAGCUUGGCAAUGCCAGCGAGCCCCCAGCUGCACUGGACAAGGAAAACCCUUGCAGCCAAGCUCUGAAUUCCUGUACAGCUCCCUGGAGAGUUGCCCCGUGUGUGCGACAUGGACAUGGACAGCAACAGGAGAGUGGGUGGGCAGCAGGGUCAGGUGGUGACCUCAGCCCUUCUGAGGACAGAGAGAGCAUGGGAGGUGCUGAGCAUUGUACAGAGGUUGAGGACUCCAGCUGGGCCACCAGUGACAGACCGCAACGUACCUGUGAUUCAGUGCCCUUAGAAGCAAGUCCCGAAAGUGCAAACCUUGAUGGAACCAGUGGGGAAGAGAGGAAAUCACAAGACCCCUUCGGACAUUCAGAAAUAGAGGAGGAAGAGAUGGAGGAGGAAAAAAAAGAGAAAGAUGACCCUCAAUAUGAAAGAGCAGUCCUGGGGCCUUUUGAUUUGUCAUUUUCUGAAAAUGGUGAUGCUGACAUGGAGCACGAACACAGUGAAGAGAAGCCAGUGAAUUUGACAUGUCCAAAGGACUUUGGUGUUCCUGGAGAGGGCCCUGUGCCCAGCCCCACCACCUUAGUGUCCCCCUGCCCAGGCAGAUCAACACCAGUACUAUCAGAUGGAACUGGGACUGGCCCUCAAGGCCUUUCUGUUGAGGUGGCACCAAGCUUGGACAUGUUGCAAGAACCCUGGGAGGCUCUGGACACCCCAGAUGCAGAAACGAACAGUGUUGGUUUGGCACACCCAGCCAGUCCAGCCGAUGUGGGGUCACCCUGUGACAGCAGGUUGAUGCUGCCGUUACCAUCUGAUCCGAGCCUUGUCUGUGGGGCACAGCCAGACAGCAUUACAGGCAACUUGGGACCUGCUGGAGAGGCUCUGAGGGUUGGCUUGGAGCAGAAAGACAAGGAUUGUGCGCCCUCUGCAGAAAGGUGGGCACUUGCUGGGAGCAAAGCUGCCAGCACAGCUGGCCUCGAGUCACCGUGCAGCCAGGGAUUGUCACUAACUUUGUCUCCUGACUCCAGUUCUGUCUGCCUGACAUCUCUUGAUGGAGCAACAGAUCCUGAGGCUGCCCCAGAGGACCAGGAGGCCAUGGCAAGCAUCCAGUCUCCAUCACAGAGCAAUCUGGGAGGGAGCAGGUGCCCUUCCCAAAGGUGUGGAUGUGACAUUUAUGCUGACCUCACUUCGCUGAGCACUGGUGAAUCAAACCAAGAAGAGAACAACAUUUCGGUGGAAAACCAGCUUAGUGGCCCUUCUGCCAACUGCACAGAUGUGCUGGAUGAGUCCUUGGGAGCAGGUGAUGGCCAGGGCUUUGUUUUCAACUGUACAGCCUUAGUAGGUGACUCUGAAGCUGGGGAGAGUGACGAUGAUGUGUGCCUUGGUGCAGAGAAGUCCCCUGGGAGUGACAAAAUGAACAUGGUGAUGGUGGCUAACACACUGCAGGAGCCAGAGACCUCUCUUCAUCACCUCCUGGAAUUAGAGCCUUCCUCCUUGGUGACAGAAGGGAUGUCUGUCAGGAAGGAUCACCCCAGCUGGCAGCAGAGCUCCCCAGACAGCCGGCUCCCACCUGCCCAUGCAGGCUCAGGUCCUCCUUCUCCCUGCCAGCAGGACCCUCUCCCCCAUGGCGGAGACACAGACACCCCCCCCAGUUUGUUAGAGCAAAGUGAGGGGGGGGCAGUCCUGUGCCAGCACAGAAAGUCCUGCAAGCAAGUAGAUGCUGCAGAGGUGAUCGUGGCUGCUGAGAGCCCAGACAGCUCCUUAAAGCCCCGAUGUGCAGAAGAGGUGAAAAGAGACAUGGGUCUGUGCUAUGCAGAACUAGCGGGGAGCUCCUCUGCGGAUGUACUUGUGUCAGAUGACCCGGAAUCAAUGCCUCCAUCUCCUCUGCAUGGUCACAAGGCAGAUCUGCACGGUGCUGAGCCAGACUCAGUCCUUGAUGUGCACUCCAAGAUGCUCUCUCCUGGCACAAGUCCGGCUCCAGAUGGUGCCGCAUGGUUCUGCUGCGUGGACACCUGCCCUAGGUGUGCCAGCCCUGGGGGCCAUGCAGCAGAUGUAGUAGGGAGCCACGAGAAGGAACCCAUCCUGCCUGAGGAUUUGGGAGGAGGAAGCAGCAUUACUCUUGCCAGUCCUGCAUCUUUUUCAGCAGGGGAGUCGCUCAUGCCGCUGUGUGAGCCUCAGUCUGUGUGCAACCAGGGUGAGCAUGAGGCUGAGAGAUCCGACACAUUUGCUGAUCUGCACCAUGCCAACAUGGAAGUGGGAGGAGAAAUCCCCACUCCUUCCUUGCCGGUGUUGCCAUUACAUGCACACAGGUGUCUCUCUGGAGAAAGCCUUAGUGAUGCUGAGGAUAUUUCAGACGUGCUGCCAAGGGCAAAGCAGCUCCCCAGCAAAGACAGACACACGGGCUUGACCUUUGAAGAUCUGUUUGAGACUUCCUCCAGUGACUCAGACCAGGAGUACUCUGGGGGGACUUCACAGUCCCUUCUUACAGCCAGGGGUUCCUACGGCACGAGAUCUGUGGAUGCUGCAGGCACAAGGACUAACUGCGACUCCUCCUCCACGAGCUCGGUGCGCACAGAGGGGCACAGCGGGGACUGGGGCUCGCUGGGUGUGGAGGGGGCCUGCUCACAGGCUGAGCGCAGCUGGCCGAUUAGCCGGGGGGAAACCAGCAGCGGGCACGUUCCACUGUAUGUCAAUAUUAGGGACAGCCAGGGGAUUGUCAAGGACUACCAGAACUUUGUGGUCACCAAAAAGUGCCAGGAGAGGAUGGGAAAUUUGCAGCCGUCGAGGCGCAGCCACUGUGCGGGGCAGUCUCAUUUGUUAGGGUCACUGAUGGACACUUGGAGAGGUUUUGAGGAAAUUACCCAGCACACUUUGGACAUGGAGUGUCUCCGUUUCCAUUAUAAGCUAAAACAAAUCCUAAGGAGUGGGAAACCACCCUUUUCUACCUCCAAAAGCAUCUUUCCAAAAGACUUUUCUCCCCGGGUGAUGUCUGAGACAUUGCCUGUGCAAGAAGCUCCCGUCUCGCUCUCCCCGCGGAGCAGGAGCCCUUUGCAGGUGACUGUCCUGCCCUCGGACACAUGGCCGAGCGGGCUCGGUCAGCACCGGCGAAGUGGCUGGCAUGGGGACCCAUGUACCCCGUGGCAGGAUACCUUCUGCAAUGAGAGGAGCAGGGCGAGAUCCCAAACCAUGAGCCAGGGCCAUGCGGCUCUUUCCCACCUUAGCAAGCUCAAAUAUGCUAAUAAGCUAAAGGACUCGGAGGGGGAAAUCGCCGUCAUCCUUGACAAGUACGCCGAGUUCAACAAGGUGAUGCUGAGCAGGGCUGAUGCAGGAAGCAAGGGCAGAGGGCCGGUCCCGGUGCACAUGGAGGCUGCGGGUGACUGGACCUGCACAUCCCUCCCCGGGAGGAUGGCUGCCUUCAAGGAGAUGAUCGCAGACCUGUGCAGCGCGCUGCGUUUCCACCUGCGCAGCGUGGCCAAGGAGGCCUGCAGCCACACCAGCAUGUUCUACUUGGUGGAGACGGGCAAGGACCCUUUCUUCGCAAGAGUGAAGACCUUGUUGAAGAAACACGGCCGCGUGGAGAUUGAACCUCUGAGUUUCUGCGAAGCGAAACGCCUGGACGCUGACAUGCUGCUCAUUGUCAUCAGGAAUGAGGACAUUUCCUCACACAUCCACAAUGUCCCAUGUUUGCUGAAGCUAAAGCACUGUCCAAAUGUGGUGUUUGCUGGAGUGGACAGCCCCGAAGAUAUAACAGGUCACACAUACCAGGAGCUGUUUCAUACUGGUGGCUUCAUGGUGUCAGACGACGAGAUGUUGGAAAUGGUAACACUGGCCCAGCUGAAGGAGAUGAUGAAGGUGCUAGAGAAGCUGAACAGAAGCGGGAGGUGGAAGUGGCUCCUUCACUACAAGGAGAGCAAGAAGCUCAGAGAUGUCAGCAGGGUGGAUGCUGAUGCCCACAAGAAGCACUUGAUCCUCAAAUCGUGCCAAGGAGCUGAGCUCAUCGAGGUGCUGCACUACCAUGCCUGUGACUCCAGGUCAUCCCCCAAAGCCGAGUACAUCAAGUGCUUGUUGAACCUGCAAGUUCAGCGCGUCAGCGCCAGGUUCGCUGUGUAUCUCACAGAAGAGCCCAGCGUCAGCAGGGAGGUCCUUGAAAGCAAAGGAAUCCUUGUGACCAACAUCAACACUUUCCUUGGGACAAUGCAGGAAGCAGCUGCCCCGUUUAGAAGAAGCUACUGGUGAGGAAGCAGAGCUGUGGCACGGCUCCUCCCCAGGCCCUGCGGUCCCAGUUUGGGCAUCCUGGUCCUCUGCAGGAUGGCCCCGGCAUCCUGGUGGGUUUUGGGUGCUGCAUGCAGGGGCUGUGCACAGAGAGGGGUGGCAGGGGAAGGUUGGCUCUAGUUCUGUAUAUAGAAAUUAUUUAAAGAUGGCUAAUGCAAAUCCUCCCAGGGAUUUAAGCCCUGUCAUUGAGUUGCAUAUAGGACAAAGGUUAUUUUAACAUUACACAGUUCUAAAUUAUUGGAGUGUUUUCAAGUGAUUAGUGCAGCUGACAUUGGAAGAAAUAGAAAAAUAAAUUAAAAGAAAAAAGAAAAAAAAAGCUGUUUACUUGAAGGUUAGGAGCAAUAAGAGUCCUUGAUAAUAAAUGCAUUUUCCACAUG